CAUUCCAGUAUGCAAUAUUUAUUAUACUACUUCAGUUAUAUUUUGUGGUAGAUAGUGUAUACACCGUGGAAAAAUAUAUCAAUAGUACCUACCUAUAGUUUAGUUGUUUCAGACUAUAUCUUAAGAAUACGUUGAUAGUAAUAAUAAUUUAUGUUAUUAUAAAGCAGUAAUGUAACUUAUUCGCUGACAGGGACGAUCGAAAUAAUAUUAUUACAGUAGUGAUUUAUAGACUGAUUACAAUAUAAUUAUCUCAUUAUGUACCGUGUACUCCUUGUCAUCACAGCAAUUAUGACCACAUCAAAUAAUUAUGUAGGUAAGUGUAAUUUUUUUACAAAACAAAAACCGUUAAAAUUAAAUAACUAUGAUAUAUAUACCAACGACGUUUCACAGUAAAAAAGGCUUGUUUCAAACUAAUUUUUCCGAAAAUUCAUCGUAGGUCAUCUAGUACCAACGUCCUCAAAUUGUUUGACGAAAUAUCAACUUUUUGUGAACCUACGACCUAAAACGUUAAUUUUGUAACAAAAUAGAUUGGUGUAAUCGCAUUGAAAGUAAUGUGUAACACUUCACGUCGUUUCAUAAGUAUCAAACUAAUUAAACCAAUAAAAUAAACUAUAACGAUAAUAUGAAUGAUCAGUUUAAAGCUGAAACUUUGGACUUCCUAAUAUUGUUGUAAUACUCAAAUCUCCUACAGCGUGUAUAGCUAAUUUUGCUUCAUCUGUGGAAAUUUCCAUUUUAAUUUUUCUAAUUAAUUUCCAAAUAGUUGGAUGCUUAUGUCUACAGAGUUUUGAAAAUCUAUUAUUCCACCCUUCCGUCACAUUAUUCGUUCGGUGACCCCUACUAAAGUGGUUGUGUAUUACAAACUCAUACCGUAGAAAAACGUAUACAACGUUCAUGUAUACAAAUAUAAGCGGGCAAAAUUGGUAUAUUAGAUUUUUUAACAUUUGUUAGUCAUAAUAUUUAGAAAGAGGUGUGAAUAAUUUGGUUUAAUUAUUUUAUAUUAGUUGUUUUUUAAUUAAUUAUAUAAUAAGUUAUGAGUUUGUUUUAAGUUUGUAAAUUAUAAUAAUUAUUACUUAUUAAUUAAUUUUUUAAAUUAAUAUACUUUCCUAGUGUGGGGCUUUUUUUUACCGGAAUGUUUUUAACGGGACUUUUAUUUUCGAGAAGUCACGCGGCGUUUUAAUAGUACAUCAUUACUCUCCUCCAAUCUAAACUUAAAAGUGGAAUAUCUUGUCAAAAAUCAAAAAUAUCAACACUAAAAUUUAUUCUAACUUAUACUCCAUCUAUUUAUGGACUUUUUAUUAUAGGUUUCCAUUUUAAAAUCCAAAGGAGGUAGUGGUUCAACCCCCAAAAAUAACAUUUUUUAUCAUUUGGUAAAUUAGUUUAAGUUAACUUUAGUCAAAUACUAGCUUGGAAUUUAACAAGUGACAUGUGAAAAAUUGUAUGAAUAUUUAUUUGUAUUCCAAUCUUUAAACCAUACAAAUCUAUACUAUCUAAUCAUAUACUAUUUUAUAAAUAUUAUGGAGUGCAACGUACUUUCCACUUUAUGUAUAAUAUUUGUUGUAUUGCAGACAGUGAGACAAACAUUACGCCAGUCAGAAGACAACUGCAGUUUUACGAUCAAAAUACCUUUUCAAGUUAGUAAAUCCAUAAAUGAUUUUAAUCAAUAAACAUUAGAAAUAUUAAAAUAUCAUUUUGUAGAUCAUUAUAAUAAUAUUAAUAGACCUUAUAUCUGAUAAAUGAAAGACGUAACAGUGGCUGCACCCGUCCCCAUUAUCCUUGGACGUCUUUGUAAAUAGGUAUUAAAAUAUUCAAUUUUUUUUUUAUACGCAGUUCGUUUUCUUCGACUUUUACGUCUUCUUUCAUUUCAAAACACAUUUACUAUUUUCUUCAGAGCCAAUUGCUUCUUCACCUAAACGACUUGGAAAGCGAUGCGUAUUUACUAUUUAUUAUGCUCUAGAUAUUUUUACAAAUUUCACCUUUAUUAACAACGUUAUUAGAUUGUCAAUUAAGUUGUAAAAUAACGUUGUAUUAUUAUAACAAUUAUGAAAACUAAUAGCACAUUAAUAUGAACUGAGAUAGUACGAAUGCGCACUUUAUACUUUAAAAUAAGAAAAUGUUACAUAUUUUUAGUUUUAUUCUAUUUUUAUUUUCAUGCUGGACAAAAUUAGAAGUAAAGAAUCAAAAGUAAUGUACAUUUUAAAACUAUGCCUAAGUAUUGUAUACAAAUUAUUAACUUUUGUAUAUUGGAUUUUAUUUCAGAUUGCGGCCGAAUAUUUGAUCCAGACACAAAUAAUUAUGGUGGGCAAAAAUACGGAUCGGCACCUUGGAAUGUUGGUAUUUAUUACAAAAACAACUCAAAUGAUGUGACGUAUAUUCUAAUAUGUGGAGGAACAUUAAUUUCUCCGAAUUUAGUUGUUACAGGUACAAUGACUGUACUGAGUGUUAAAUGAAUGAGAAAUGAAAACGUAUGUUUAUGUUUUUGUAGCGGCUCAAUUUUUUUGGCAAAACGAUUUAAAAGAUAAAACCAUCAGGGAUGAUAGUAAAUUGUAUAAAAUAGCUGUUGGGAAGUACACGCGAAGUAUUUCAAAAGUAGACAAUAAUUCCACUCAGAUUAUCGAUGUAAGUCAAAUAAAAAAAAAAACAAAUAAAUAAAAUAAAACUUACAUAAUUUUCAAAUUAAGUAAUCUGGUAUUUACACAAAUUAUGCAGGUGAAUUUAAUAUACUUGGAAAAAAAUUAUCGAGAUUCGGCUAACUAUUUUGCGAACGACAUAGCUAUAAUUGGUUUAAAAAAUAACGCCAUAAUGUCUAGCGCUGUUAUGCCGGUUUGUAUUGAUUGGAUUAACAAAUAUAGUAUUCCAAAUGGAUCCAUCGGAAAAGUAAAUGUUCAAUGUUGAUAAAUAUUAUUAUUUUCUAAUACAUAUAUAUAUAUAUAUAUAUAUAAUGCAUAUCAACAUUUUAAGUUUUCACAGUGCACCCUAAUAAAUCUGUUUUGUAGAUCGUUGGAUGGGGAAUGACAGAAAUUAUGACACCAAGUCCUGUUUUGUUGGAAUUGUUUUUACCGUAUUUAAACCAUUCUACAUGUAAGGAGUUGAACUUAGAUCAACCAUACAUCACCAGUGAUAAAUUUUGUGGACUCACAGGUAAUCAUUAAUAUACCAAUACACAUUAUACUUAAUGCGAAUGUCAUAUAACAUAUUAUGGGUACAUCUACAUCAUUGGAUGAUAUAUUUUUUAUUGGGCUAAAAGAAUCAAUUAAAUAAUGCAUUGUGCAAUUGUGCAUCAUGUAGGUGCUAGUGAUGUAAUAUAAAUCCAAAUUAUCUGAAAAUACAAAAAUCUGGAUUUUAGAUUUCGGAUUUCAAAGUCCAGGAAUUCGAACUUCGGACCUCAAAAUCAAAAUUUUAGAUUUUAAAAUUUUUUUUCUAAAUUUAUUAUAUAUUUGUAUAAACCCCUUGCUACAAUCAGAAUUAAAAUUAAAUUUUCCUCGUCUUGGCUUUUCCGUGUCUGUUAUAUAUUUAUUUAUUAUUGUUAUGAUAAAUACUAUUGUAGGAAAUAGGAAUACAGUCAUAUAAUAUCAUGUUACGUAAACUUCUAUAAAGCAGUUAAUAGAUUAACAGGAAGCUCAAUAUUAUUGAAAAUAUACAGUGUCCCCCUCCCUCCUCCUGGAAUUUUGAUGAUAGACGCUCUUGAGUACAACUAAUUUAUUAUUAUUAUUUCAUCAGUGGUUAAAAUGAAAAAAUAUUCGUAGAAGAACUAAAUUUAUAGAAAAUUGAGUGAUCAUCCCGAUUAAUAACUUAACCUAACUAAACUUAAUCAGGAAAUUCAUAACGGAGACAAGACUUUUUUUCACACACAUUUAUAUAUAAGUAUAUAAUAAUGUUAUAUAAAAACGGUUUAAAAAUAAACUGCUUCUCUUCAAAUAUUAUCCUACCAGUUUGCCUGCUCAGUAAAAUAAAAUAAAACAGUCUGUUUACAAAUAUUUUAAUAGGUAUUUAAAGAAUAUAAUUAAUAAAAUUAAUUGGAGUCCAUACAUUUUCAUUAAAAAGGUCUUGGUGGAAAUUACGAAAGCAUACUCUCAGACCUCAACAAAUUCAACUAAAGGGGAUUACUAAUUUUAACUUAACAAGAAGGAAUACGACGAUCAUCUUCCCCUAUUUAAUCAUUUAUUUGUUGUAAAUUUGAUCGUGAAUUGUUCGUUUGUUUUCAAUUAUUCUUUAAAGCGUUUGCUUUGCUAUUUCUAUGUUGGUGAAUUUGUAACAUGAUACAUUCGGCAAACACCUCUCAAUUUAUUUCAGAAAAAAAAACCCGGCAAUAGUAGUUGUAUAGCUUCUGUUGAGCUAUUUUGAAUAUAUUCCCUUAACAGACAACCGAAACUUUAUUAAUCAUUACAUACACAUAUGUUGUUAUUUCAAGGUUGAAAGACAUAUUUAAUAAAAUUAAUUGAUUUAUAAUUAUUAUUUCUCAUAUACAGGUAUUUCUAUGAAAUUUAUUACAUCGAUAGAUGUGAUUAAUAUUAUGCUCAUGAAACCAACAAACAUAGUAACACUUCGAUGUUAUGGUGAUGAAUGUUGUAAAGCAUUCAAUAGCUUUGAUGCCCUGAAGUCUAUAAAUAAAUAACGAUUUUGAUUUUAGGAAAAUUAUUUCGUGGAGGAGAAGCUGGUUUCGGUGGUGCAGGCUUGACAUUCGCACAAAACAAUUUACAUUUUUUAAGUGGAAUAAUGAGUAUUAGGUAUAAAGGCAAAUACGAACUAUUAACAGAUGUCAGUCAACAUAUUCCAUGGAUUCGGUCUAUUUUUUUAAAAAAUUCAAGUAAUUAAUAAAAUAUAUAAUGUAUUUCAUAUUUUAAAAAUCAAUAAACACGAGAGCAAAAUAUAUUUAAACAUUCAAUUAUUUAUCUUUUAUUCUAGACUGUGGUCAUUUAUUUACUCCGCAUGAAGACAUAAAUACUGCGAAAGAAAAAUAUGGAUCCGCACCUUGGAAUGUUGGAGUUUAUCGAAAAAACAAUACAACUCAAGAAUACGUCAUGAUAUCUGGGGGAACAUUAAUUGCUCCGAAUUUAGUUGCCACAGGUAUAAAAACGGUACUCUAAACAAAGAAAGUUAAAAUAAGAAGUGAAAACAUGUUCUGCUUAUGCUUUUAGCUGCUCAAUUUUUUUGGCAAAAUAAUUUAAAAGAUAAAAUAGUAACAGAUAAUGUUCAACUUUAUAAAACAGCUGUUGGGAAGUAUACGCGAAAUAUUUCAAAAGUAGACAAUGAAGCCACUCAGAUUAUUGAUGUAAAUAAGAUUUAAAAAAAAUAAAACGUAUACCUAAUUUUCAAAUUAUAUAAUUUGGUAUUUUGUGCAGGUGAAUUCGAUAUAUUUGGAAGACAAUUAUGAAGAUAGUUCUGGCUAUUAUGCGAACGAUAUAGCUAUAAUUGUUUUAAAAAAUAAUGUCAUAAUAUCUGAUGCUGUCAUGCCUGUUUGCAUUGAUUGGAAUAGAAAAUAUACUAUUCCAAGUGGUUCAAUUGGAAAGGUAAAAGUUCCAAGUUAACAAAUAUUAUUAUUUUUAUUGGUACAAUGUGAUCAUAUUUUAAUUCAAGUAUCACCAAAUAUUUUGUCGGACUGACUUUGGAUUUAAAUUCGGGAGGUCAUAGAGCGUAUUGAAAUGCAUAAUGUAGGGUAUAUUUCAAAUAUUAAGCCUUUUAGUGCAUACAAAUGCAAUAAAAAUGUAUUUUUUUUUUCAAACAACACCUGUUAUAGUAUUUUAUUCGAAUGAUGUUGUUUUUUCAAAAAACUUUGAUCUUUACAUUUUUUUUAUCUUAAAAACUACAUGAUAUAAAGAUCAAUAAGUUUAUAUAUUAAGUUAAGAUAUAAGUUUUUCUCGGUUUUAAAAAGUUAAAAAUAUAUUGUAUAUAUACAUAAUGCGUACGUAAAUGAAUGUAUAUAUUAUUAUGUAUGUGAAAUUUAAAAAAAUUAUCUCUGUUAAUAAUUUUUUCUCCAUAAAACAGUAAUAUAAUUUCUUUGCUAUUGAAUUCAUUAGUCUUAAACUUGCCGGAAAAUCAAUACAAAUUAAAUCGUUUUAAUCAAUUUUAGAUUGAGUAUUAUUAUAAUACUCAAUUUACAAUAUUUUAUUCUUAUUUUAGUUUAAUGAAUUGCCGUAUUAAUGUGUAACCAUCCGUACUUAUAAUACGUUUCAAACGUAUUUUUUUUUAAAUAUUUACCUUAUUGUUUCAUGUGACUUAAUUUAAUUGUUCUAUUUAGUUACACAUAGUACUCGUUUAUAUGCUACCGUAAUGCAAAUUAUUUCGUUUUUUAUUUUUAUUUAAAUAUUCUAUUUGCCAGUGGUUAUAGCGAAUAUUAUAAUUUAAAAUUAAAACAACAAAUUUACCAUCAUACCUCUUAAUUUUUCAUUGGCCUUCCCAGUGGCGUGCCAAGAAAUUUUCAAUGGGAAGGGAUGCAGCAUAAUGAGAAUCGUGAAUAAAUUGUAAAAUCGUUUUUUCUACCAACCUCGACUAUGGGAAUCGAUAACUGAAAAGCCGGAUUAGGAUAUUUAGGAAUAAAGCCAAUUUUUUAUCAAUACAUUAAGCUUUUCCUCUCGUGACUGCUGAAAUAUAUAUGAAUUUCAAUAUUAGAUUCCUCGUAUUUUUUUUGUAAUUUUAAACGAAUGGGGGUGGGGGGAUAUAACCCCUAACCUCCCCUUGCGCGCGCCACUGGGUCAACCUGCCAUUAAAAAAAAUAUUGACAAUAUUUAAUAUUAUUGAAGAUUGAUCUUAACGAAGUUGAAUUUCAUUUUUUAAAAUGUGUUUAAAGUUUUAGAAAUAAAUUUAAUUAUUUAGGAAACAUAAAAUUGAUUUUGUUAAUAAUAAAAACCCGAGAGUAUUAACUUUUUAUAUAUUAUAUAAAUUAUUAUAAGACAAAUUCAAAAUUUUGAAGGACUUGGAGAAAAGAUAAUUAGAAAGAAAACAAUAUUUCAGAUGCCCACUUUAUAUCUACUGACUACUCAUAUGUAUUAAUUUUAAAUAUAAUUAAUUCAACUGUUUUUAUAGAUUGUUGGUUGGGGGUUAACAAAGAAUAAUGAACCAAGUAACGAGUUAUUAGAAUUGACAUUACCAUAUACCGACCGCAUUACAUGCGGUAAUUUAAAUACUGUAUUGCAGAGAUACGUGACCAGUGAUAAAUUCUGCGCUCUAAAAGGUAGUAAUUGGCUUAGUUAUUAUACUAUAAUUAGUUAGCCCAUUUUUAUACCGUAAUCAUACAAAGGAAUACAUUGAUAGAAAUUUAAUUUUUAUCAAUGUAUUCAAUCAAUAAUUAAUAAACAAUUCGUAAAACUUAAUAAAAUCUAUAUCUGUGAUUUAAAAACCACGUUUUGUGUACUAAUAAUACCCAUGAUAAUAAAUCAUAGGUAAUUAUGAAUAAUAUUUACAGGGCAAGAAUUUCUCGGGGGAGAAGCUGGUUUUGGUGGUGCAGGUUUAACGUUUGCAGAUAAGGACGGUUUACAUUUUUUAUCCGGAAUAAUGAGCAUUACUUUUCGAGGAACAAUUGAAAUAUUAACAGACAUCAGUAAACAUAUCCCAUGGAUUUAUAACAAAUUUAAUGAAAUGGGUAAACGAUUAUAAUAUUUAACUUUUUAUCAUUAGAUGUAGGUAGAUUGAAUUUAUAACAUUAGUUUAUUUUUCUAGGAAUAGAAUUACAGGUAGGGGAAAAUAAUUAUAAUAACGAGAAUAUAUCGAUUGAACAAGUUAAAAAUCCAGGUAGGUAUUAAAAUUAUAUGCCUUGCUCCUCCUAAUGAUAACUAAAACCAAACACUAUUGUAUAACUUUGUAAGGAGUAAUUUUAGUUUUACAUAUUUUCUUGAAAACAUACAUUGAAAUUAAAAAUCCACGAAGUACUUAUUGUGGAGUAAAUUGCUUUAUCUAAAUGUUCAAAAGUCAAUAAAACAAUUAACUCGGUUUAUUUUUAUCAAGAAUUCUAAUAAUCACAUUUGCGGCAAAGUGGCCUUUGCAAUCUGUUGUUUCGUCUAUAGAAAUAAGUAUUUUUUAGCCAAUGACAUUAUUCCUAAUAUUUUUUUAUUGUUUCUUCAUAAAAAUCAGUUAAAUAAUUGUUGCAGGAAGUUAACUCGUCUGAUAUAUCUUUAUCUGCAUAUUUUGUUUAAAAAUUACGAAAAAUUGUAUUAUUUAUUUUGUUGAAAGGAAUAUUUGCUUCUAAAAACGCUCUGCACACAUCCAUGCAAAAUUAUGAUUUUUUACCGACCACAUUGAAAAUUAAUUGUUGUAACUGAGUUUGUUUCUGUCGAUCAGCUGUGUGAAUAUGUUUAGCCGCCUUAAAUGUAGUUCGACGGUAAAACGACGUUCACAUCCUACUUUAGUUUCACACACCUUGCAAUAUAAAACCAAGCUAUCUGUACACAAAAUAUCAUUUCCGAACUCGUUAACAGAGGCGAAUUUAACUAGAUGACUUAGACUUCGACAUUUUUUAAUAAAAGUAAAGUUAACCGCGUAAAAAUAUAACACUCGUCACGACCGACAACGAAACACGGCGAUUAAAGUCGUACUAAUACGUAGUCCAGCGUGUUUAUAACACUUCACAACUUUAUAUAUGUGCUACACAAUGUUUCAGAAUCGAUAUCACACGCCUAUAUAAUAUAAUAUAUUAUAUGUAUUUAUAGUUUUAGGAACUACAUCUAAUUCAUUAAGAUCAACAACAUCUUCGUCAGUUUCGACUGAAUCGUCUACGCAGUAAGACUUCUCAAUAAUUCAUUAGUUUAUAAUCGUACUGACUUGAUAUACAUAAAUUAGAUUUCCGUAUUGAGUAAUGAGUACUUCUAUUCAUAAGAUAUAACAAUACAAUACAUUGGCUGUUCCAAAAUUCUUUGAUUGAAUUCACUAAGUAUUUAGCCAAUAUUUUAAUGCGUUUUCGUUUUAUGACAAUUUUCGUAAAUCCAAGUCGGUCAUAAACACAGAACUUACAAUAUUUUAAAUAUUUGUACAAUAAUAGUAACUAAUAAUGCCUUAUUUUGUCAGGGUUACAUGUAUGAUACCGUUUACCGAGGGCAGUACAUAUUCCAUUUUUAACAGAAAUUCAAAUGCAAAUCAAGUUCUACGUCCUGAAACGCAAGUUCCUCUAAACAGUAAAGUUGAAGAAACCUGCGUCAAAGGAUAUUAUAAAGUCCAAACAUUUAGAAGAAAACAAAUGAAAUGUGACGAGAAUGGAGAAUGGUUCCCACCACUAAAUGAAAGUGAACCAUUAUGUUUGAGUUAGUAUUUCCUUAUUUCAUAUAAAUAGUUGGACACUGCAUAAUGUCACAUCAAUCAUUAUCAUAAUAUUUAACAAUUUGAUCAUAAUCAUUUGUUACUUCUUAAUUGAACUCGAUUAAGACUAUAAAGAUUUGUUUCUAUAGGAAAAUGUCCACCUUUGAAAUCGGAUAGUUUGGAUCUUAUAUGCACAUUUAAUGGCCGUGAAGUCGACUGUGCAGAUCAGGCAAUAAAUGGAACUACAGUAAAACCAAAAUGUAAAGUCACACACAGUUUACAAGGUGGACAACUUGAGACUCCGAUGGUAUCAAUUUGUUUGCCUAAUGGAUCCUGGAGUCAAAAACUUUACAGCUGCAUUCUAAGUUAAUUUAUUUUUAAUAAGACAUACAUUUAUUUUAUAAUCUUAACUGUUAAGUAUUUCAAAUUCGCAGAAAAGCGAGGAAAUCAAUAAAUUAAUAAUACUGUAGGUUUUUUUUAAAAAAAAAUUGUCAGUGCAAUAAAUUUUGUGCACUAAUAACUGAUACUCAAAUAUCAUAUAUCAAAAUUUUCCAAACUUUUUUUUUCUUUUUUUUCUAUAUAUAUUUUUUUUUGUCUUCUUAAUUUUAUAUUUACCCUUUUAUCGGUUUAUCACAAAGUUGUUAUUAAAUGCUUGGUGGCUUUUUUGGAGAUUUUAUAAUCCUAUAUGGUGCUUUGAAUAUCUUGAUGCAGUGAAAAAUCUAGAAAAAAUGAUUUUAAAAAUUGUGGAUUGUGAAAUUUCUAAAAACAGCAUUUAAGCAUUUAAUAGUGAUUUCAUGAAAAAACUGGUAUAAUGAUACAAUAUAAAAAUAAAGAAAAAAUAGGGAAUUAUAGAGAAAUGGAAAUAAAAAUUUAAAAGCUCGCUAAAUAUUAAUGAAAAAUCACUUUUCGGGUGAAUUUUGUUUUAAAACAUGUCCCCCUAUUAGAUAUAAUAUAGGUAUUAUAACUGUUAUUAUUUUUUUACCAGUGAGCAUAACUGUUAAUAUAGAAUUAUAAAUAAUUUAUUGUUUUAAAUUGUUCACUAGAUUGUGGUAAAAGGACUGCAGUUCAUCCCAGUUUUCCAUUAAUAAUUGAAGGUGUAAAUUCAAAAUUCGGGUCUGCUCCUUGGAAUGUCGGUGUAUAUGCCAAAGUAAAAGACAAUAAUUAUGAAUUACGAUGUGGAGGAACAUUAAUUUCUAAAAAUUUAAUUAUUUCCGGUAAAUCUUUUUUACUUGUAUUUAACGGUAAAUGAAAAUAACUGUAUAAACGUGUUUUAGCCGCUACUAGUUUUUCAAAAACUGGAUCAAAGCAUUAUAUAUCAGUAAAAAAUGGUUUGUAUAAAGUUGCUGUUGCAAAAUAUACGCGUGAUAUUUCAAUAAAGGACAAUCAAUUUACCCAGAUUAUCGGUGUAACUCAUUUCCUAUUGAUAUUUUAGAAACAGUAUAAUAUUUCAAUUAUUCAGCCUUGUAUUUUAAAACCAAAUAUAUAGGUCAGACACAUAUACUUGGAAGACAAUUAUUUUGGAUCCUCUGGACAUUAUGCUAAUGAUAUAGCUAUUAUAGUGUUGACAAAUGACGUUGAUGUGAGCCAUUUUGUUUUGCCAGCUUGUAUCGAUUGGACUGCGAGAAAUCCUGUUCCAGAUAAAUCCAAAGGAAUGGUAAAUGUAUUGCAUAUUAUAGGUAUACUGCACAAUAAUGAUCUGCACAGUCUAGUCUUUAUUUUUUUUUUUCGGUUCGGUUCGAUUCUUAAAUCGAAUCGAGUAUUUUUAUCAGGCAAUCUAACUUAGUAUAUAAAUUAGUUUCUGAAAUUUUCCAAAUUUCAAACUUAGUUAGUUAGAAGUAUUACGCAAAUUAAUUAUGAUGAAGGUAACUAACUUAAAUUAUUGGAGAUUAUUGAAUAAUUAAAUUGAACAACUAAUAAUUUGAUCAAAUGUUUUAAGUAGGUCAGUAUUAACCUUGAUUUCUUCUUGAAUUUCGCUUAGCUCAGUCCUCGAUUUUUGGAUUCUGAGUAUAUUAAAGAAUUUAUUAGUUUUACAAAGAUGUUUAGAAGUCUUACUCCGUUACGCACGUGUAGCACUAUUCCUGAAAGGAAAUAUUGUCUAUAAGAUACUUUAGCGAGGUUCUUUUUUGAUUUAUUAAGCGAUUUUUAAAAUAUCUGAGAAAACCAUACCGUGAACACCAUACUAGAAAAAUAUUACGAGUUAAAACUAUGGAGGACUUAUUUAAUAAUCUCUUAGUUUCUUCGGAUCCGUAUAUAUCUAGUUUACGUAAAAUGCAUGACAACAAAUAUAUUCCGUUAAGUAUUGAAGCAAAACAGCUAUUACUAAUAAGCAAAGAAGAAAAUGAAAAUGAAGAUGAAUACGAAGAACAGUAUGAUAGCGAUGAAGAAAAAUCGGAUGAUGUUUAACUAUCUUUAUUUUAUAUUUAGUUUCGAAUUAAUCUACCAUUUCAUGUAAAUUAUAAUUAUAAUUUGUUUGUUUAUCGCAAUAGACAAAAAAAUUAUUAAAUAAUAAAAGCACUGUUCUAAUGAUUGAAAAAAUAUCUCCCUUAACUCUCAAAAUCGGUGUAUAUACUAAAAAUAAAUACAAUUUGGAUUCGAAAUCCUCAAAAAUUUAUAAUUUUACCUAUGAAACGAUUUCGUUCAUUGAUUGUAUAAUAUUAAUUUUGACCCGUUUUUUGGGAUUCUGACCCACAGUGCACCGGUCCGAUUCGCUCUUUGGUAACUAAUUUACUUGCCAAUACGCACCACUGAUUACAUACCUACCAAAUCACUGUACAAAUAUUCGAAAUCAAACACAAUUCUCUAUUAUGCAUAAUGUGAUAAUUUUAUUUUAUAGAUUGUUGGAUGGGAAAAAACAGAAAAGGCCGAGAAUAAUAAAUUAAUGGAAGCUACGUUACCGUAUAUUGACCGUAUUAAGUGCGUAGAGUUAUACCAAAAGAUUAAUGAAGAUUUCAAAAUAUUUUUGACAGCAGAUAAAUUUUGUGCUGGUUCUGAAUCGGGUAAUAAAAAUGUCUUUAUUUAUUUAUCUAAAAAUGUAUUAGUUUAUUUUACAUUUUUUUAACGGUAAUGAUUAAACGUCUAUAGAUUUUAAAGCUAAGACAGGUAAGGUGUAUAUUGUACAUCCGUGUACAUUUUAUAUCUCCUCUAAAGGAUAUCAUUUAUUAUCUAUUGAUUAUUUAUUGUUUAUCAAAUUAUCAAUUAAGUUACGGAUUUGUUAUUAUUUGAGAUGCUGUUGCUAUUUUGAAUCUAGUAUUCAAAUCUGUCGAUAAUUCUACCAUAAUUAGUUACUAGUGUUGUUAAGUAUAAAUUUUAAAUCUGAUUUUCAGGACAAGGAGUGGAUCGAGGAGACGGCGGUUUUGGUAUAACUUUUGAACACAGCGGUUUGCAUUAUUUAACCGGAAUAUCAACCAUUAAAGAUGCUGCGAACAAUUCGUACUCGGUGUUUACAAACGUCGGUUACCAUAUAGAAUGGAUAAAAUCAAUAGUGGAUGAUUAUAAUAAAAUAAAAGAGCCUAUACCCAGAAAAUGAAACACAAUAGAUUCUCCUUGUGUUGAAUGCGCAGAUAUCUAUAAGACAUACUAUACUAGAUUACCUGAUGUACUUACGAUACUUUACAUUAUGAUUAGUGAAUCACGGCUGCGCGUGCUUAUCACAUGUCCACCAUUUUCUCAGAUGGCAAAACAAUAAUUUACGCUUAUGAAAUACGUACAACAUUAAACUUUUUAAAUUGUAUUAAAACAAAUAUAUUAUUGAAUACUUAUAAGACGAGAAACAAUCAUUAUUACGGAAAGAAUUUAUUCUUUUGGUAGUUUAUAAAAACACCCACUUUUCAUCAGUCUGCAAUUUAUGUUUUUGAUUCCAAAUAAAAUAUCCGUUAAAACACAGGAAAAUCAUAAUCGGGAAAAUAAUAAUAUUAAUAAUUGUAUUGGUUCCCAAAAUAUUCUUGUUAAAUUG